AUGAAUUAAGCCUCAUCCAGUGUUAGUUUGAACGCUCCUUUAUUGAAUGAAGGGGAAGUAGAUGCUACAAGAUUGGUCAAGAAAUCAAGGCGAAAUAGGGCGGGAGUAAUAUCGCAGUUGUUCUUCGCUUGGGUCUAUGGUACAAUAGAAAUUGCAUCGAAAGUGACUUUGGAAAAUGAUAUGAUCGAGGAUCUUAGAUUUGAGGAUACCAGCGAAUAAUUGUAUUACAGAUUCAUGAAGCAUUUUGAAAAGAGAAAAAACGAGAAGAAUGGUUUGAUUUGGUCAUUGAUUGGGGUGUCUAUGGGAUAAUGCAUCUUUGUUUUCAUAGUGAUGUUGUUUACUGUUGGGACCUCUUUGUUGAAUCCACUAUUGAUAAAAUGGACUAUAUAGUAUUUGAUGAAGGAAGACAAAGAGACUUAGGAAGGAAUAAUUCUGAUUUUCAGCAUUAUAGGAGUGAGAAUAAUAUCAGUGAUCUGUCAGCAGCAUUCGUUUUAUUAGAUAAGAGUGGUUGGGUAUGAUUGGAUGGGUAUUUUAUCGAUGGCCUUAUUGGGCAAGAGCAUGAACGUUUCAUAUCAGAGCAACAAAGAACACACAAGUGGAUAGGUCUUGAAUUACAUGUAAGUGGACGCGAUGAAGUUAUAAUGGUUUGGAUGGUAUAUGUCAUAAGUUAUGUUGAUGCCAUUGCAAAUCGCCAUAUCUAUCUAUAUGAUGUUCAAAUUUAUAGGAGUGGCAUUCCUGGGUGGAUUGGGAGUGAUAUUGUUGACUGCAUUCUUUAAUAUUUUUGUAGGCAAGAAGAUGUUCGAGUAUCAAAUUUUGAUGAUGAAGGACAAAGACAAGAGAACCAAUUGUGCUAAUGAAAUCUUUUAAUAGAUCAAAUUUAUCAAGGUCAAUGCUUAUGAAGAGUAUUUCAGAACAAAACUCACUAAAUUGAGAAAUCAAGAAAUUAAGACUUUAAAAACUAGAUUCUUUGCAUCUUGUUUGAAUAUCUUAUCAGUUUGGUUGAGUCCUAUGUUAAUUUUAAAUGCCACCUUUAUAAUCUACGUGGCCAUUGGAAAUAAUCUUACUCCAGCCAAUACAUUUGCCAUCAUCAGUUUAUUUUAGAGUCUUCAAGGACCACUUCUAUUUUUACCCAUGGCUCUCAAUGCUUUGAUCGAAGCCAAUAUCUCCUUUAAAAGAGUGCAGAGUUUCCUAUUAACAAAUGAAUUGAUGAGAGAUUGCAUCACCAAUUCCAGUCAAUCCCAAUUAGAUUUAAUGUACCAAAAAGGAUUGACUGUUAAUGAUUCCAGAUCUCAAAUGAACUCCUAAGUCAUGAGAACAGAAAUUGAUAAUGAUAUUGCCAUCAGAGUAGACUAAGGAACCUUUUACUGGUCAAAAUACAAGGAAUAACCUUAACAACCAGCUUAGACUCCUCCUGCAAAAGGAUAGAAAGUAGAACCACUGCCAUAGAUUGAAUCUGAUCAUAUUUUGAAAGACAUCAAUCUCAGAAUUGAAAAAGGGCAAUUUGUAGCCAUUGUUGGAGAUGUUGGUUCUGGAAAAUCGUCCUUAAUUCAAGCUUUGUUGGGUGAAAUGAUUUACAAAGAAGAUAAACCAAGAAUCCAAAUUAAUGGAUCUUUUGCUUAUGUGAGUUAAAAGGCUUGGAUAUAAAAUGCCACAGUCAAGGAUAACAUUCUGUUCGGAUUGCCUUUCGAUUAGACCAAGUAUGAUGAAGCCAUCAAAUUUUCUUGUCUCAAGGAUGAUAUCAAGAUCCUAGUCAAAGGAGAUCAGACCAUGAUUGGAGAAAAAGGAGUCAAUCUGUCAGGAGGACAAAAGGCAAGAGUCUCUUUGGCUAGAGCCAUUUAUAGCAAUUGCGAUAUUUAUUUAUUAGAUGAUCCCGUCAGUGCAGUUGAUGUGCAUGUUGGUAAAUUUAUCAUCUAUGAAUGUUUGAAUGGCUAUUUGAAAGAGAAAACGAGAAUCUUAGUCACUCAUGCUCUCAACUAUUGUCAAUACACCGACUAUGUCUAUUUAAUGGACAAUGGCACUAUUGCUGAAUAAGGCACUUUUGCUGAAAUCAAACAAAGUGAGCAAUUCAAAAAGGUUUAUCAGAAAUUUUACAAGGAUGCCAAAAGUGAUGAGGAAUCCUAAGAACAAGUUAAUGAAGCUGAACAAGCUUCUGCUUCUGAAUUAAAAUUGGAGAGAAAACAAUCCUCUUAGAAAGAAACACCCACAUCUCCUUAAGCUAAAGAUGAAGUUGAUGAACUUAUGUUGUUAGAGGAUAGGAAUAAAGGGUCGAUUUCAAUUGACAUCUUAACCACCUACAUUCGAUUGACUGGAGGUUUCCUUUUCGCAGCAUUCUUGAUUUUCAUGAUGUUUCUAUGGGAUGCGUGUUAUGUUGGUUCAUCAUUAUGGAUGGCUCAUUGGACUCAAUAGGCUAGUAAGGAUCUCAUCAACGAAGUAGAAACCAAUAACUAUUUCUAUUUGAUCAUCUAUUCAGUACUCUCUUUGAGUUAUGGAAUCUUGGCAUUCCUUAGAUCAUGGGCCUUUGUGAUAGUCAGUUGCAAUCAGGCCAACAAUAUGCAUAACAAAAUGGUGAGUUGCUUAAUGUAUGCUCCACAAUGUCAAUUCUUUGAAAGAGUUCCCUUGGGUAGAAUUAUGAACAGAUUGACCAAGGAUUAGAAUGUUUUGGAUUCAGAACUCCAUUGGACAUUCAAUUGGAUGUUAGUUCAAGUAUUUCUAUUAUUGGCCAACACCUUCUUAAACAUCUAUACAAGUUCCCCCUGGGUUGCCAUUCCCAUGGUAGUCUACUUUUUCUUAUGUUGGAAAAUUCAGAGAAUAUACAUGGCUGCAAGUAGAGAACUCUUCAGACUGGAAGCAAUCAGCAAAAGUCCCAUUUUGAGUUAUUUCUCAGAAUCAAUCAUGGGAAUCACCACAAUCAGAGCCUUCUAGAGGUAAUCUUAAAUCAUGAAUAAACAUGGACACAAUCAAGAUCUGAAUCGUAAGAUAUUCUUAGAACAGAUCGCUGCAAAUGCUUGGUUUGGAUUAGUUCUUGGUCUAUCAAGUUUCAUGGUCAAUACCACAGCUAUUGUAUUUUGCAUGUUUUAUAGUACAAAAAAUCCUGCAUAUGCUGGAUUAUUGAUGACAUAUGCAUCCACCUUGGAUCAAAAUAUCAAUGGAACAGUCCAAUGCUUGGGACAUGUGGAGAAUGGAUUAAUAUCAUUCGAAAGAUGCGUUGCUUAUACUAAAGUUAAACCAGAAAAAGGGUAUGAAGCUGCAGUUAAAAGAUAUCAAAACAACCAGGCUUAUAGAGAUCAAUACAUACCAUAAUGGCCUAAAAAUGGGAUAAUAGAAUAUAAAAAUUAUUCAGUCCAAUAUAGGGAAGGAUUGCCUAUGGCUUUGAAAAAUAUGAGUAUUGUUAUCAGUCCAAGAGAAAAGGUCGGUAUCGUAGGUAGAACAGGAGCUGGAAAGUCAACCAUUACUUUAACUAUCUUAAGAAUCUUAGAAGCUAUGAAUGGAUAGUUAUUGAUUGAUGGUCAUGAUAUCUCUACCAUCUCUUUAAGACAACUCAGAGAAUCAAUUACAAUGAUUAUGCAAGAUCCAACAUUAUUCAGUGGUACCAUCAGAGAUAAUAUUGACCCUUUGAAUCUAAGAACUGAUGAAGAAGUCUUACAAGCCAUAAACAAAUGCUGUCUGACUGAAUUGAUUGAAUCCAGAAAAGGAUUAGAAACUCACAUCAAUGAUCACGGAGACAAUUUAAGUGCCGGAGAGAAACAGCUUGUUUGCAUCGCCAGAGCAGUCCUCAAGAAAAGUCCUAUCGUCCUAAUCGAUGAGGCCACUGCCAAUAUAGAUAUUGAAACAGAACAUAAGAUUCAAGAUACCAUCCAAAAUGCCUUUGCUGAUUGCACUGUCAUCACAAUUGCUCAUAGAAUCAACACCAUACUUCAUUGUGACAAGAUUCUCGUUCUAGACAAAGGAGAGGUUAAGGAAUUUGGAUCCACUAAAGAGUUAUUAAACCAACCUGCCUCCUUAUUCUAUGGAAUAUAUUAAGAAGCCUUAAAGGAAUAAAGUCAUUGA